GAUUUGCCAUUGUGUUUUAUCAUUUGUUGGUUUGUUUUGCAAUUCACGGCCACCGUAGUAAGCUGACCUGCUGUUUAAAGUGACUAAUAGGAAAUAAAUACCCUGAAUUAAAGGUUUGUUUACUAUUCUAUGAGGACGCCAUGGCCUGUUAACCCCAUUCUCUAACAGUACUGGUGAUACAAACAAGACAUUCAGUUGAACUAUGACUCAGUUAAAUUGGCUUUGAUACGCAGAUUUAACGCUCCACGCCUUCCAGCCACAGCAGAGGUCCACUCGCGAGCUGGAUGAACGCUUGGGAUCUUUCCACACCAGAUUUAAAAAAGGACGAAUUAAAACAUGCCACAAAACAACAGCUCGCAGUUUGUUAUGGAUGUUAUCGAGGUAGAGAUGUUUCUGAACGCCCCUCCUCAAGGAUUCAGCGUUGCACAUUGUGCGGGUUGCAGAAUCGUGAAGUGGGAUCAAGAGAGUUCUUGCGUGUUUAUCGACGAAUUUCAGUCCAGCAAAGGAAAAGUCAUGUUCUGUAAUUCACCAGGAAGGAAAGUCACAGUACGUACUUUGGGAGAGUACACAGACUUGAGGAGACGACUGACCUCAAGAAGAAUAUACAUACUAGUGUCUGCAUGCACUCACACAACCACAAAGUUCAAAGACAACAAAUCCAUAAAUGGUCCAGCUCUUGGGUACUAUGUGGUGGUGAUCAACGGCAAUCAUCCAAUGAUCAGAUGGGAGACGGAGAGAGGCUUAGACAUGACCAUUUCAUCGGUGGCUGGAGAGAGUUAUACAGUAGAUGUUGAUUUUAGCACUGCACUACAGGGAUGGGUUGGUGAGAACUUUCAAAUAGUUGUUGAUGGAGAAAAGGUGAAACCCUCCUGGAGAGACAUGCAUUUCACCAUCAAGUAUCGUUCUGACGCCCUCUUCGACUUUCCCCACUGGUUUGGCUUCAGCAAGCGACAGUUCAAGAUCUCUUACCAUGGAAGAUGAUGUCAAGAGCCAAAUUACUAUGCGAUAUAUCUACUGAAAACUGUCAAUUUGUGGAACUGAGGACCACAGAUCCUGAAAGCAACAGAGCUUUUAACUAAUUGAAUGUCUUGGCACAUUAAAAAGUGAUACCCAAACAGGGUGUACCCAGGGGGUAUUUUAACAAGUGAUUUUUUUUUUUUCUUUGUUAAACCUUUACAAUUAAUACAUUUAAAUAACAAAUUGUGAUUAAUGAUUGUUUUCAUUUCCUUUUUAAAACAAAAUGUUUGUAAUAGGCUAAGUGCAAGUUUUAUAAAUGUGUGCAGAUGACACUCGUAGCAGAAUAUACAGUAUUUGCUACCUGGUUAGUCUGUCACCCACAGUCUGAGUGCGUUUACAUGCACAAUCUUGCACCGAUUAUGCUUGAUAAGCAGACAGUGUUUGUGGUGAUGUAAAUGCUUUAAACGGUUUUCCUUUAUUAUUAGUAAGGUCAUACAUUACCUUGAUUUCGUGUUGCAUGUAAACACUUCUACAUGUGUUCCUGCUGGUUUAUCCAGUGUGCGCAAGUGUUGUGCACAUGGCUUUGUUUUAACAUUAAAAAAAAUAAAUAACACGAAGAUUUCUAAUUCAAUGUAAACGUGAUUUUCUUGCGUUGUCGGAUUUUUUAAUUGGCUGAUUUUUAUUAGUUAGCAGUGUAUUAGUGUGCAUGUAAAUACACGCUCAAGAACUUUCAAAAACAUUUUUCGAGACGCCUGCAUUCUGUUUUCUGUUUCAUUAGUUCCACCAUGUCUAGUAUUUUAUAUACUGAAUGUACGUAUGUACGUACGCACGCACGCUACCGUUCAAAAGUUUGGUCUCACUUGCCUGAAAUGUUUCUCAUGAUCUUAAAAAUCUUUUGAUCUGAAGGCGUAUGCUUAAAUCUUUGAAAUUAGUUUUGUAGACAAAAAUAUAAUUGUGCCAACAUAUUAAUAUAUUUAUUUACAAAACAAAAAUUUUAUUUAAAAAAAAAAGUUUUUGAAAUGGAUGGACCGAAUGGAUUAAGAAAAGCAGCCAAUAAGUGCCCUACAUAGAUGGGAACUCCUUCAAUACUGUUUAAAAAGCAUCCCAGGGUGAUACCUCAAGAAGUUGGUUGAGAAAAUGUCAAGAGUACAUGUCUGCAAAUUCUAGGCAAAGGGUGACU